CUGAUGAGCCGGUCGUUCAAGAAGACGACACGGAGGUGGUAUCGAUGGUUUCCUCAGUGGCGAAAUGAGGCGCCUCAGAGGUGAAGUACGGGUCCUGGUUCUGAAGUCUGCUUAUUUCCGCUUGUGGAGGGGAGAUAGUGAGCGGCGCUGCUACUGUCACGACGUCGCGGGGCCUCUGGAAGAAGACACUUGAUUCAGGAAGUCGAUCUCAAGUGUGCCAGAGAAAUCGAAAGACACUCGACCGCCUGUCGAUGCCCUACUUUGUCGUGGGCACUUCAUCUCGAACGUUAUUUUGUAUUUCUGUGAAAUACAAAUGAAGAAGCGCGUGAAGAUGCAACCACAGGCUAGAAGUGCUCUGCAGGAAAAAUGAGACGGUUGACCCUUUAACCUGGAGCUGAAAUUGUUUAUGGUACGUUUUUAAGUGAUGGAGGCAGUAACCAGAGAAUUGUGUGAAGGACCCCGAUGGGAGCUCUUUUGUAUGGAUCUUGCAUUGAUGACAAAAAAUGAAGCAGAAUUGAAGGACAAGAUAUCGAAAUGGAACGAUUAAGAAAUGCAGGAAAAACCAAGGUGAUGGCUGGAGGUGAAGAAGCCAAGUGCACAGCAGAGAUUUUAGGUACAGGAUUUCAAUGUCUUUGUUGUCGAUGAAGGAAAACAUACAAAAUCUGGUACUGAAAAGGUCAUAAUGCCCUCCUCAGCACGGAAAGGAUACUUGAAAGACCCAGAAGCUGCUGAAUUAUUUUCCAAAGAUGACCCAGAAGAGCUCUUUCAUGACCUCCACGAAAUUGGCCAUGGUAGUUUUGGCGCAGUAUACUUUGCAAGAGAUGCUCACUCAAAUGAAGUGGUUGCAAUUAAGAAGAUGUCAUACAAUGGGAAACAAACAACAGAGAAGUGGCAGGACAUCAUAAAAGAAGUGAAAUUUCUGCGUCACCUCAAACAUCCCAAUACCAUAGAAUACAAAGGCUGCUACAUAAAGGAGCACACUGCCUGGUUGGUCAUGGAGUACUGCCUUGGGUCUGCUUCAGAUUUAUUAGAAGUGCACAAGAAGCCACUUCAGGAAGUUGAAAUUGCUGCCAUUACCCAUGGUGCCUUGCAAGGACUGGCUUACCUACAUUCCCAUAACAUGAUUCACAGAGAUGUCAAAGCUGGUAAUAUUUUAUUGACAGAGCCAGGCCAAGUAAAACUGGCAGAUUUUGGAUCUGCAUCUAUAAUUUCUCCUGCCAAUUCCUUUGUGGGGACGCCAUAUUGGAUGGCACCUGAAGUAAUCCUAGCAAUGGAUGAAGGACAGUAUGAUGGAAAGGUAGAUGUCUGGUCUCUAGGAAUCACCUGCAUUGAACUUGCUGAGCGCAAACCUCCUCUUUUUAACAUGAAUGCAAUGAGUGCCUUAUAUCAUAUAGCCCAAAAUGAAUCCCCAACUCUGCAGUCAACUGAUUGGAAUGAUUCCUUCCGAAGUUUUGUUGAUUACUGCUUGGUAAAAUUUCCUCAGGACCGACCCUCAUCUGUAGAGUUGUUGCAACAUGAUUUUGUUCACCAGGAUCGAUCUCCGAAGGUUUUGAUUGAUCUCAUACAACGAACAAAAGAUGCUGUCCGUGAACUUGACAAUCUCCAGUACAGAAAAAUGAAGAAAAUUCUUUUCCAGGAUAAACAUAAUGGUCCAUUAACAGAAUCGCAGGAAGAGGAAGAGGACAGUGAAAAUGUAAGCAGUAAAAUGAAUAGCCUUGGUAGUAACCACUCUAUUCCAAGCAUGUCUGUAAGCACUGGAAGUCAAAGCAGUAGUGUGAACAGCAUGCAAGAGAUGAUGGAUGAUAGCAGCUCUGAUAUUGCAGUGGUUCAUAAUUAUGAUAGCACCUUAGAGUCUGAAUCCUCUUUUGUUCCCAGAAAGGAUCAUGUAUUCUUAAGGGAUGAAGGAGGCCACAGGGAUCCCAGGCCUGAGCUGCGGCCUACUACUUCUGUCCAGAGCCAGGCCCACAUUUGCAAGAACCGAGAGCGCUUUGCUACAAUUAAAUCAGCAUCUUUGGUUACAAGGCAGAUCCACGAGCAUGAGCAGGAGAACGAGUUGCGCGAACAGAUGUCAGGAUAUAAGCGGAUGCGGCGCCAGCACCAGAAGCAGCUGAUCGCUCUGGAGAACAAACUGAAGGCUGAGAUGGAUGAGCAUCGCCUCAAACUGCAGAAAGAGGUGGAGACUCAUGCCAACAAUGCAUCCAUCGAGCUUGAGAAACUUGCAAAGAAGCAUGCAAUGCACACUGAGAAAGAGGCAAAAUCAGGACUUGCAGAUGAGAAGAAGUUUCAACAACAGAUCAUGGCUCAGCAGAAGAAAGAGUUAACCAACUUCUUGGAAACUCAGAAAAAACAGUACAAACUUUGCAAGGAGAAGAUUAAAGAGGAGAUGCAUGAAGACCACAGUACACCGAAGAAGGAAAAACAGGAACGUCUUUCUAAACACAAAGAGAAUAUGCAGCAUUCUCAAGCUGAGGAAGAGGCACAAUUACUCGGUCAGCAGAGGGUGUAUUAUGAACGUAACUGCCGUUCCUUCAAACGAAAAACAAUAACUAGGAAACAUGAAAUGGAGCAGGAACAUUUACGGGAGGAGCUCAAUAAAAAAAAGACACAGAAAGAAAUGGAGCAUGCGAUGCUGAUCAGGCAUGAUGAGUCGACACAAGAACUGGAGUACCGACAAUUGAAAACCCUUCAAAAGCUGAGGAUGGAUCUGAUCCGCUUGCAACACCAAACUGAACUGGAGAACCAGAUAGAGUACAAUAACAGACGAGAUAGAGAGCUACACAGAAAACAUGUCAUGGAGCUACGACAGCAGCCUAAACACUUGAAGGUAUUGGAAAUGCAAAUUAAGAAGCAGUUUCAAGACACAUGUAAAGUCCAAACAAAGCAGUACAAAGCACUAAGGAAUCAUCAGCUGGAGGUUUCCUCGAAGUGUGAACACAAAACAAUUCUCAAAGCUCUGAAGGAGGACCAGACACGAAAGCUGGCUAUUUUGGCAGAGCAGUAUGAACAAAGUAUAAAUGAAAUGAUGGCCUCGCAAGCGUUGCGACUGGAUGAAGCUCAAGAAGCAGAGUGCCAAGCACUGAGACAUCAGCUUCAACAAGAAAUGGAGCUGCUCAAUGCCUACCAGAGCAAAAUCAAAAUGCAAACAGAAGCACAGCAUGAGAGAGAGCUUCAAAAGUUGGAACAGAAGGUUUCUCUUCGAAGAGCCCACCUUGAGCAAAAGAUUGAAGAGGAGCUGGCUUCACUUCAGAAAGAACGAACUGAAAGAAUCAAGAACUUGUUAGAACGGCAAGAAAGGGAAAUUGAAAGCUUUGAUAUGGAAAGCGUCCGGCUAGGAUUUGGCAAUUUAGGUACUUUGGACUGUCCUAAGGAGGACUAUAGAUGAAAAUGAUUUGCCAUAAUCUACCCUGUCCACUUGUCACAUAAAGUCGGGCUCUGUCCUACUGGCCUCCCCUGCGGACUAGUGCCUGUGCAGUCCUUUAUCAUCAGGGCCCUUUGUAACGUUAACAAGCAAAUGCUGGAUACCUACUGGUCGUCGUCUUAACAAAUGUCACAGUAUUGAUGUUUAUGUGCAAUGAUACUUUUGGUGAAACAAAAAAGUGGAUGUACGUUGCUUAACGAUCAUGCAUUAGAGAUGAUUUGUCAGUCCGUGCAAAAAAAA